AGCUGGUUUAAGCUGGAAGUAGCUGGUUUAAGCUGGUCUCCCAGGCUGGUCAAGCUGGUGUUCAGCUGGUUUUAGCCAGUCUCACAGCUUGACCAGCUAAGACCAGCCUGGUCUGCUAAAAAAAAAAAAAAAAAAAAACAAACAGCCCGGUCUAAAACCAGCCCGGGAGACCAGCUAAAACCAGCCAACCUCUUAGGCAUGAUAAUGUAAAGCAUGUAAAACUGGAUACAAGAAUACCAGGAAGGAAAUAGAAAUUUCGCAUUUCUGCCCCCUAGGCUUCCAUUGUCAAUGCAUUACUGAUAAGUCACAAUUAUUUUCUGUUACAACAGACAAAAACUGAACCACAGAAAAAUGAAUCAUCCUUCAGUUUGUGAAAACUGAAAAAUCUGGUUUUGAGCCUAGAACCUUUCAUUCCUUUACCAUAGGUUACGAAAUAAGCACAAUUACAUUGUGCCUUUUUGACAGUGAACUUUCGAGAUACUCUUUCCCAUUAAUUUAUUCAAUGACUAGUUGAUUUGAUUAAUAUUUUGCAAACAAUAGUUUUGUCACUGACAAUUAGUCUCUCAUGCAUUAAUUAUGCUUUAGAAAAUAAGCUCUCGUGGCCUUUUAAAAGUUCAUGGAAUAACAGCUGGAGACAGAACAGAAGGGGGAAUGAUAAACAGAAUGUGAAUGUCUGAAACCGAAAAGAAGUGUGAGUGGGACACACUGAGAUGAACAUGUCAUUAAAGUGUUCAAAUGUGAGAAAACAGAACAAUGAGUAAGAGAAGAGUAGAGUUAGAAGAGAGCAAAGUGCAGGCAGCAGGAGAAAGAGAAACAUCGGGAAAGAAACAACUUGAGCUACAGAUCAGGAAGCACAGGUAAUGGAGGAAGAGAGGGGAUGGAUGGAAGCCAAGUCUCUCAGCAUUCCCUCCCCCUGUACAGGCCAGUUCAGAGGAGGAGUGUAGGUGGGAGUUAAGCACUUCUCCAGAUGUAGUUGACUGCUGCUCCUGAAGUCUGACUUUCUCCAGAUAAGCCUCCAUCCUUUAGAGCUCCCAACAGUUCCUCCUCAGUCAAGUACAGGGAUAAACAAAAUUACGGAACUUUUACAAGUCAUCUGCAAACAAUUACGCACUUCGUCUUCACCUGUAACGUUUUCUCAGCAGGAAUCUUGAGUCACACUCUUCCUAAACCAGAUAAUGGCAUGAGAGGGACAUGGCUCCAGUGGGUGUACCUACUCUCCUGAUGUUGGCAGCUCUGUAUCUGCUGCUCAUCUUGCCCUCAAGCUGCCUGUAUGCGUGCCCAAGGUCCUGCAGUUGCCCCAGCCCUAAGGAAGUGCACUGUACCUUCCGUCACCUCCCCUCUGCCCCACGAAACCUACCCCAGGACACAGAGAGACUCAACUUAGGCUAUAACAGCAUUGGCACGAUUGGGUCUUCAGAUUUUGUGAACCUACGGCAAUUGGAAAUGCUCAUGCUUCAUGGAAAUGAUAUCUCCUCUGUGUCUUCUGGAUCCUUUUACCACCUCCGUUCCCUCCAGAUACUAAAGUUGAGCUACAACAAACUCAAAAGAGUUGACCCCAGUUUGUUUGAGGGGUUGACAAGCCUUGUACGGCUUCAUUUAGACCACAACCACAUUGACUUCAUUGAGCCCUUUUCAUUCAAUGGACUCACAUCAUUGAAGCUAUUGCAACUGGAGGGGAACAGACUGCAGGACCUCCACUCUCACACAUUUAUUACUGUCUCAGUCCUGGGCACAUUUUGGAGCUCAGGCCUGCGGCACCUGCACCUGGCAGACAACCAACUAGAAUACCUGCUGCCUGGAACUCUGCAGCACUUACACAGGUUGGAAGUCCUAUCCCUGUAUGGAAACCCCUGGGCCUGUGACUGCAACUUACGUUGGCUCUUCGAGUGGGACAAAAAUCAUGAGGGAGUUAUUAAGUGCAAAAAGGACCGUGACUCUGGAGAUGCUGGCAACUGUGCUGCAUGUGCCUCACCACAGCCUUUGAAUAACAGCCAGAUCUUGCAGCUUUCAACCAAUCAGCUCACCUGUGACCGACCCUCCCUUCAGUCUCCUCUAAAAAUUGGAGAGAGUAGUGUGUGGGAAGAUCAGGAGCCAGAUUCCCCCUACAUCAAGGACUUGGAGCGUCCUCUUGGCCACCUGACCUUCAUUCUCUCUGACAGCCAUGGGAAUCGGGCGCACGUGGCUUGUAAUGUAACACACCCUGUUGAAGACACCUCCAUGGUGUGGGAGCCAGUGAGGAGAAAAGAUGAGAUUGCUGUAAAUGUGACUCUACGUACACUGUUAGAGUGUGAGAUCGAUAGAGAUGCUCUUCAAAACCUUUGGAGGUUAGUUGCCUACUACUAUGAGAGCCCGGCUAUUUUGGAACGGGGAACCAUACUUGGAAAUUCUUCCAAGGUAACUUUUCAAUACUCUCAAGCCGCAACUGAGGAAUCACCAUAUUUUACAGAGCUCAAAGGACACUUGAUGGCUGAACCAGCCUGGCUUUUACAACCAAGGGUCACCCUUCAGCUGAACAGGCGCAAAACCACAACUAAAAAACUGGUGCUGAACUUCUCCACUUUUAUAUCAAAGAACAUCAUUGGAAGAGGGGAUGAGGAGGAUGUGGUCUCUUCCUGGGCUAUGAUCCAAAGAGGAGCCCCAGGGAGAAUCCAGUCAGUACUAGAACACUCUGAAGUCAGUCUGGAUUGUAGCGUGCUCAGCACAGGGCAUCAUCCUGUGGAGUGGAUGCUUCCAGACUUAACAACAGUGGAUCAAACCGAUUCCCAUAAAUUAAGGUUGGAGAAUUACAGGCUAGUAAUCAAAAAUGCAAGUAUAUCAGACUCUGGACUUUAUCAUUGCUUUGUAAGGACCGACACUAAUGUAGACAUCGUCUCCUAUAGACUCACAGUCAGGAUGCGUCUUUUAAGUCCCAGUGAUUUAAAUGGAAAGAAGAUAUCUGUGGAGAAUGGGGAUACUCUUAGUCUUCCCUGUUUAGUAACGUCUCCUCAUCCAGUUGAGACAAGAUGGUACCUACCAAACAAUCAGAUUCUCAAAGCAUCCGGCAUGAAAGAAAGGGUGUACGUGUCACAGAACAACACUUUGAUAAUCAAAAAACUGACUUAUGAGGAUGCUGGAGAGUAUAGCUGUUUAGCAGCUAACCUCUAUGGGGCUGAUAUGUUGUCUCAUCUAAUUGUUGUUACUGGUGAAAAGGAAGAAGCACAAAAAGGUGUUACGGUAGCUAAGGGCGAAUUACCGCUUUUUGAGAGUGAGGACAGCGAAGGGUCAGGAUAUGAAGAAAUCAAACGACCAACUGCUAAACUAACACCUCAGAGGGUCAGUGGAAAACACAAAGGUGGCAUUGUCCGACAAAAUGCAAAAGAAAAGAAAAUAAAGGAGAGUGUGAGAAAACCGAAUAACUCUGUCAAAGAGCUUGACCCCAGCCGCUGGGAGCAGAUUCUAGCAAAAGCUAAUGCUAAACUCUCAACGUUGCCACCAGUUACAAUGCAAAUAGAAAUUACGAAAACUUCAAAAACAGUGACAGAGAUUUCAAAGGCUACAACCACUACCCCUUCGUCAGCUGAGGACAUUCAAACUACUCAAACAGAUGUUACAGCAAGCAGUACCAGCAUAAGUUCAAGCGUACACAAUUUCAAUGCGAAACAGUUGAAACCGCCACCCCACAGUGAGCACGUAAAACAAGAAACUACACAAUCAAAUCACAAGACAAGUGAUUCUAAUAUUUCAGAUUUGACUAACAUAGAUUCAACAAUGGUACCUGAACCUGAGACACAGCUGAUAAAACAGGUAGACAGACACACAAUAGAAGAGAAAAUAAGGGUUAACAAUAAUUCCAUCUGGAACCAAAGACGAAGAUUCCCAUAUAGGCACCGUAGGCCUCCAUCACGUAGACCACGCCCAAAGAGACCAAAUUUCACUCUAGCUCCCACUACAGCAGUAUCAUUCACUCAAUCUCCAGUCAAGACGGAGAUCGCUAACACAUAUUCUCCUGCCCAAAACAAAACAUUGAUGACUUUAGAAGUUUCUCCUACUCAUUACCCAGUAAUUGAAAGCUUAGACAUGGAAGUCACAGAGGUACCUAUAACAACAUUCAAGAAAAUGGAGAAGCUUACAACACCUCUGCAAGAAACUGAAGUAGUUCCUGCUACAUUUUCCCCCAGACAGAUCAACAGGUAUGGGCAUGAAAACAGAGAUAUCAUUUUUAGAAUUAAUAGCCACCCAAAUGAUAAGACAAGGCAGAUUUCAGCAACAGCCAUCCCUAAUCUUCAAACCAGCAACACAAAUCCUUCAGAGUCAAAAAGAGCACAUACGACUGAGAAACCAACCUUAACUAAUGUGAACCAACAAAAUGUUUACAAUUGGAGAAUGCAUCCUGAAGGUGUACCGAUUCACCCCUGGCUAAUCCAAAAGAAUACACCCAAAAAACAAAUCUCUUUUACUCCACAUCCCUACACUCAGUCUCCCUUCUGGGCUAAGAACUAUGGCAUUCCCUUCUGGCCCACAGUUCAUAGCUCAAGGCACCACCACUCCCAAGACAAAACCUGGCAUUUCCUACAAACAGGAGGCAGGGGUGCAGGGGUCACCAAUCGGCCUGAAAUCACUGCUCAAACAGCAAAGCCCACAGCUUACAUUUCUGGGCCAGCAACAGCUUCCUUUCCAAGGACCAUAGCUCCACAUGUCAGCUCAUCUCGUGUACGUGACCACUUACUUUUCAACAGGCUCAGAAACAGAUAUAGACAAUCACAGCUUGAUGCAUAUCGACAAGCCCAGCUGGGAAAACUUGUCACUUCUAAGCCAAGGACAUAUCAUCCCACCCCACAGCCUCACCAAGCUCCAAAUGUCCCAAGCAUCUACAAGCCUGUGACUCCCCCAUCCGUACUAGGAUAUACAAACAAACCACCCUCCACAGCAAGCGUACCAUAUGGUAGUCGCUGGCACUACAGUCAUUUUGGAGCAAAGAAAUUGAGCACUGCCAUUCCCUUUCCAAACCUGAUGGGCAGUGGCAUCAAACCCAGGAUCGCAGCAGCUGAAUCUGUUACUGUAUCUGCUCUAGCGGAGGCAGAUGUGCUCUUGUCCUGUAGAUCGUCUGGGGACCCCAAACCUGUUGUUUCAUGGACCAAGGUUUCAACAGGUGCAACAAUUCAGACCAACACAAAACUUGGACAAAGAUUUGAGGUCCUUUCAAAUGGUACUUUUGUGAUUAAGAAUGUCCAGCUCCAAGACAGAGGCCAGUACCUCUGCACAGCUCAAAACAAAUUUGGCUCAGACCGCAUGGUAGUUACCCUUGUUGUCCAGACUCAGCCUCCAAAAAUCAUGAGUUCAAGGGCCAGAGAUGUCUCAGUGUUUUUGGGGAACCCAGUCAGCUUGGACUGUAUUGCACUGGGUAAACCAGAAGCUCAGAUUUCAUGGAUUCUUCCAGAUAGGACGUUUGUGCGAGACAUUGGUACCCUUGACCGAAGAAUAUCUCUUUUUCCAAACGGAACACUGAGUAUUCAUUCAGCAAACUUUUCCAAUAAAGGUGAUUAUAAGUGUAUUGCCAGCAACGCAGCAGGAGCUGAUACACUCACAUACCACAUUCAUGUUGCAGCUCUACCUCCAAUAAUUGCUGAGAUGUCAUAUGAGACUAUGUUUAUGAAUGUUGGAAGAAACGUAUAUGUGGAUUGCACUGCUAAAGGAGAGCCAUUCCCUUUUAUUAAGUGGGUUCUCCCUGAUGGUUCACAAAUGAAGCCCACACAGUUUAUUGGAAGCCGGAUAUUUAUUUUCCCAAAUGGAACACUUUAUAUAAAGAAUGUCACUCCCAAUGAUUCAGGGAGGUACGAGUGCUCAGCAACCAACCCAGUUGGUUUUGCUAAAAGAACGGUGCAGAUGGAUGUGAGGCAAGAGGCUCCAGGCCCCUGGAAAGGCCUAUACCAGCAACACAGUGUCACGGCAACAUAUGGAUCCACAGUUUUCCUGCAUUGUCCAGAGUCCAUAGGCUCCCACAGAGGUACAGUCUGGAGACUGCCAUCUAAAAUCAUACUGGAACAUCAGUACAGUCCACAAAGGCACAUCACUGCUUUCCCCAAUGGCACUCUUAGAAUUCUGAGACUGACUGAGAAAGAUGGAGGCAAUUAUCUGUGUAUGUACCAAAGACCAAAUGGUGAGGACAUGGAGCUGUUCCAGGUAGAUGUUCUCAUGAGGCCACCAAAGAUAGAGAACGCUGGGGCACAACAUAAAAGAGUUGCUAAUGGAGACAACUUCCUGGUGGACUGUGUAGCUUCAGGCCUUCCAGACCCUGAGGUUUCAUGGAGCCUCCCAGAUGGCACCAUGAUCAACAAUGCCCUCCAGUCAGAUGACAGCGGAACCCGUAACCGCCGCUAUAUCAUCUUUGGGAAUGGAACGCUAUUGUUGCAACAAAUGGGGAAAAAGGAUGAAGGCAAUUACACAUGCUACGCUAAGAACACCCUGGGGGAGGAUGCAAUGAAAGUAAGUGUCCAAGUGGUGCCAAACUCACCCCAAAUAUCUUCUAAAGAGCCGGUAUCUAUGCGGGCACCUUUCGGGCAAUCAGUCCAAAUGAAGUGUGAUGCUAAAGGUAUUCUACCACCUACGAUCAUCUGGAUCUCACCAAGGAAUGAGAUAAUUACCUCAUCUUCGGUCAAAUACCAAAUCCUAAACGAUGGGACUCUGAUCAUAAAAAAACUUACUUUGGCUGACCAGGGAAAGUAUGCAUGUGUGGCACGGAACCCAGCCGGAGAUAACAUCAAGAAUGUGAAGCUUCAAGUUGAGGUUAAAGGGCCGCAAAUCAAUGGACAGGGUGGGCGAACAGAGAGCAAAGUUUUAGCAGUGUAUUACCAGACACUGCUGCUGGACUGCAAAGCAGAGGGUAUGCCAGAGCCACUGAUCACCUGGACCACACCUUAUAGCAUGUCUCUACCCACCCCAUAUUUGGGAGGCAGGUUCCAAGUCCACAGGAAUGGCACUCUUGAAUUGAGGGGCAUUCGAAAGACUGAUGAAGGUCGGUUUCUGUGCAUAGCCAAGAAUUUCUUAGGGGAAGCAAGUCUAGCAGUUGACCUGGAAGUUGCAUCACUUGCUGAGAAGCCAAGCUUUCCAGUGCCAAACAUAGAGGUUCUUCCACUCAAACCAGAUGGUGAUGACAUAUCUUUGGAGUGCCGUGCUACAGGAAAACCAAAGCCAGAGUUUCUUUGGAUUCUACCCAAUGGAACAGCACUGAAUCCAGGCAUGAAACUUCAACGGUUCAUUCACUACCUGGGAAAUGGGACUUUACACAUUACACAAUCAAGUGUCAUUGACAAAGGUGUAUAUCGAUGCCUGGCCAAAAAUGUAGCUGGACAAGCAGAAAAGCGUUAUGCUUUAGAACCUGGACAGAAGCCUCAAAUUAGAAGUACUGCUGCUACAAUGAAGAUUUCAUUUGGGCAGACACUAAAUAUGCCAUGCAAUGCGGAUGGUUGGCCUCAGGCAACAAUUACCUGGACUCUUCCAAAUGGCCUGGUCUUGGACAAGCCUCAAGUUAUUGGAAGAGUGACAUAUUUAUCUAACGGCACACUUCAGGUAAAAGAAACUUCCAAAUUUGAUAGAGGAACAUAUACCUGCAAAGCAACAAACACAUUUGGAUCAUCAACAUUGUCAUAUCCAGUGAGUAUUAUGGUGUUUCCACCUCAAAUCACUCGUGCUCCACCUUCAAUAACCAGAGUUAACAGGGGGUCUCCUGUUAUUCUGAACUGCAUAGCUGCUGGCAUUCCCAAACCAGACAUUUCUUGGACUCUGCCUGGACGUACCACACUUGUACCAAAUAGUCGCUUCACAGCACAGGGUGGAAUUCACAUGACAGAGGAGGGACAUUUGGUCAUACAGGACCCAGGCCUCAUGAACUCAGGGAUUUACAAAUGUAAUGCUAGAAAUGCCUUGGGAACUGACUUCAAAGCAACAUACCUUCAAGUUAUCUGAGCAAUAGACAGAAAUCGAAUAAUAGCAUUUAGCUUUGCAAUAGAACAAACAAAUAAUGGAUACCUUUCUAAGAGAAAAAAAUAUAUAUAUAUAUAUAUAUAUAUAUAUAUAUAUAUAUAUAUAUUGUAGUUAAAAAUGUAUUAAGUGCACCAAAGCACUUAAAAUACCCUGAUCAAUGUUGCUAAAUGUUGUACUUUUUUUAAACUGUCAUGAUUUAUUAGCUUUGGAUCUGCCCAUUCAUUGACCCAAGGAUAAUAUGUCUUUGGUAUUCUGUAUUUAAUUUAUAAAAAAUAUUGGUUUGUACAUAUUUAUAUAUUCCACAGAGUAAACAGUCAUUUUACAUACCUUUUUCUAACAUAAACUGUACAUAAAACAUUCCAGAAUGUCUGUGAUUUGUCUGAUAUGUACUCUGUUGAAUUUCUUGCAUUCUUCAGUGUGUUAGAACAAAAUGGCCUUGUCAGAGUAGAAUGAGGCAAUGUAUGGUACAAAUGUUGCUAUUGAUGUGGUAGCUGUACAAAAAAUAAGACAAUAACACAAUUAUGUAAGAUACUUACUGCCACACUGGGCAGAUAAAUAAAUCUGAUUUAUGAUC